CUCUAACCAUCUAUCUUGUGUCCGGUGAAAGCCGAUUACUACAUCAGCAUCUUCAUCAUGAUCUCUGUUGAAGAAAAGCCCAUCACUACUUCACCAUCUUCAUCAACAACUGACCUCUCUUCAAGAAAAGUAAAGAUGGCAGGCCAGGCUCCUUCUGUUGCCUUAGAGGCCAUCCUUAAGACCAGUUGUGAGCUCCCGGAGGACCUGACGAAGAUCAGAGGCUACGACUUCAACCAGGGAGCCGAUCUCCAGGCGGUGAUGAAGUCCUUCAUCUCCACGGGCUUCCAGGCCAGCAGCAUGGGCCAGGCCAUCCAGGAGAUCAACCUCAUGAUAGAGAAGCGUCUUGAGCCAGUGGAGGAGGAUGAAAAAAAAGAGACUGAAGUGCCCGACGAACACCGGAGCAAGUCGGGCUGCACCAUCUUCCUGGGUUACACCUCCAACCUCAUCAGCUCCGGAGUCAGAGAGACCAUCCGCUACCUGGCACAGCACAAAAUGGUGGAUGUGAUCGUAACCACAGCUGGAGGCGUAGAGGAGGAUUUCAUCAAGUGUAUGGCUGACACAUUCUUGGGAGACUUCAGCAUGGCUGGCAAGGACCUCCGCCAGAAGGGCAUCAACAGGAUAGGGAAUCUGUUGGUGCCCAAUGACAACUACUGUAAGUUUGAAGACUGGCUGAUGCCCAUCCUGGACCAGAUGCUUUUGGAGCAGACAACAGAGGGAACCCAUUGGACUCCCUCCAAAAUGAUCCAUAGACUUGGCAAGGAGAUCAAUAACCCUGACUCUGUCUACUACUGGGCGCACAAGAAUAACAUCCCAGUGUUCAGUCCUGCUCUGACAGACGGCUCUCUGGGCGACAUGCUUUACUUCCACUCUUUUAAGAGCCCUGGCCUGGUUUUGGACAUAGUGGAAGAUAUUCGCAGGAUGAACAGCCAGGCGGUGUUUGCCAAAAGGACGGGAAUGAUCAUCCUGGGAGGAGGACUGGUCAAACAUCACAUAUGCAAUGCUAAUCUUAUGAGGAACGGAGCCGACCACGCCGUGUUUGUGAACACAGGUCAGGAGUUCGACGGCUCCGAUUCUGGAGCCAGACCUGAUGAGGCCAUAUCCUGGGGCAAGAUCAGAGCAGAUGCCAAACCCGUGAAGGUGUAUGCAGAUGCCUCUUUAGUCUUCCCUCUGAUCGUGGCCGAGACCUUCGCUCUCCACGCCAACAAGCUGACUGCCGGCAAGAAAACCGAUUAAAUGGUUGCCCCCCUUAAAUGGUCUUGUUAGAUAGAAACAACCAACUUUGUCCCCUCUGGUUCUUCCCUUGUUGGGCUAAUUGCAGGCUUUCAACUGGCAACUUUAAGAAGCAGCGUUACAUACAAUGCUGCAAUUGAAAACCUCAUUUAAUGGGGGUCAGUGGUGAAGGGUUUCCUGUCUUUAUGCUUUCCAUGACAAGAUUUACUUGUUAAGAAAAAGCACAGUUCUUUUCUCUCCAUUCAGAUAGCUGAAAUAGUAUGGGGCAGCAUGCUAUUGCAUGUACCAAAGAGACUGUCUACAGUAUAAUGCAUCAGGUUUUAGUUGUGCGUGAGUGUAUGUGAGAGAGAAUAGAUACACACUCCUCAUGAGGCAAUGUUAUUUAAGAGCUGUGAUUUAUUUCGGUUUAGUUGUGGCACACCGUCACACACUUGUAUAUUACCAUUAUACUUCUUUGUUUUACCUUAUUGUUACUGUUUCAGGUUGAAAGACGUGCCUGUUUUACUUGAUAAAUCAUGAAUUCAUAAUUUCUUCCCGUUACAAAUAGUCUUUGUGUGGUAGGUCUGUGUGAGAAGACCACAAGGGGUCCAUCAUGUGACUCUUAAUUUCACAUGACUGUGUUUCUGUUCUUUGUUGUAUCAUAGGACAUUACAGAUCUAUCUAUCUAUGAUGAAAAAUGAGUUUAUAAUUAUUAUAUUAUGUAAGUUUACAGCCACUCAGUUGCAUUUGAAAUAUGUGAACUGCAGAAAGUGUUACUGGUGUUAUUAUAUUGUUGAGAGAUACACUCAGUGGCCACUUUAUUAGGUACAUUUGUGUAAUCUAUUGCAAUUUCAAUAUUAUAUUGAGAGGUGUACGGGUAUAUGAGGGGCAGGAUAUUAGAAACACCUCUGAAUAUAAUGCAUUUCAGUACAACAGUGGUUCUCAACCUGGGGGUUUGGACCCCCAACAGGGUCGCGAGAUAAUUUCCGGGGGUCGCCAGAGGGUUGUUGAGAAAAAAAAUAAAAAUAAAAAGUUUUUAUUGAGUGUUCUUGUGAGAGUUAAAGUGUACGUUCACAUGAUGUUCUGACGGGGGAUUUCUGGCAGGUCGGGGGGAGAGGAAGAGUCACGAAACGCAUCAAAAAUCCACCGUGCCCGGAGCACAUCGGACAAUAUCUGCUGUUAAAACUAAACAAAAUUGACGUCACUAACAAAGCAUUAUUUAUUUAAGCUAAUUUAUUUAAACUAAUCGGAACAGUCACGAUAAUCACUCAGAAUCAGCAAGGGAGGCGCGUAGAAACUGUUGACGAGGAGGCGUAGGCGGGGGGUCGCGAACACCAACCUGAUUAUUCUGACAGGUCGCGACUUGAAAAGGUUGAGAACCACUGCGGUCCAACACCACCACUAACUAUGACCUAUAAUUUACUAUAAUUUACACACAAAAACACAACAUCAUAGGCAUCACAAAAGUAGACUGCAUGCCAGAACACACAAAGUGGACAUGAGUGUAUUUAUCUAUUUUAUGAGACAUUUUAUAAGCUGUUUUUCUUUGUCAUUGAGAUUCAAACAUCCGUCUGUAAACUCUGAUUCAGCCUCCAACCUUUUGAAACCUCUCUUCUUAAUAAACACAAGACAGAACUCGGCACUAUGCACUCUGUUGCUGCAGCCAGAGUUUGUCUUAUUGUUAAGAAAAA